GACCCAAACUCAACUCCACCACGAUCUAUCAUCACCAUUCAUUCAUCCUCUCGUUCUCCUUGGAAUCUUUCAUCCCAUUGUAGCAAUCGCUGGCUUCUGAUUUCUGCCUCGAUUACUCCAUUACAGUUCCGUACAAGUCGUAACAAUCUCUGGCUCGACUUUCGAAACUCGCUUCAAUUCGCUUGUCAUUUGCUUGCUUGCUCGCCUAUCUCCUCUCUUGACUCUGUUCUCCCCUCCUAAACUCAAUUUAAGCGCACUCUGCCUGCGCCUUUGCAAGUGUUCCAGCCGUCAUAUGAUGCGCCCAUCUCGAUAAUCAAUCGCCAUGGCUUCCUCCCGCCGAGGACAACCGUCUCUUUCCGUCCACAUGCCUUCGAACCAACCUCUCGAUCGUCCUCCCAUCGAUGCUCUCUUCCUCAUCCACUUCGACGUCAAGGCCGGUUAUACAAUUCUCUGGAAACAGAAUGCUCCUGGUGUCGACCUCGAAGGUCUUGUCGAAUACAAAUCUCUGCCUUCCGGGCUACACACGGUCUCCGAAGAUCUCAUCUACUUCGUUCACGACAGCGCCCAUGCCGGACUCAGCGCCUUUGUUAACAUGCCCUGCGAUGAAGAGGAGGCACGGAACGCGAGAAUGUUCGCCGUCGGAGUUCUAGUUCCCCUGAGUUAUGGUCGUCUGGGGCGCGCUUGGAGGCAUGCUGAAGGACUGAAGGAGAUGGCUGCGUACGCAAUCCAACGUUACCCCAUUCACAAUGGACGUGGCUGACGUGUUGAACAGGAAACUGGCCGAGGAUCGCAAAAACACAAGCAUACUCGAGGAAUAUUGGGUUGCCAAUCGCGAAAAGUCUGGAAAUGGCAAUCGUCGACUCUCAGGAGAGACCCCCGUGUGCUCUCCGUCUCUCAACUCAUCACCUUUCCCCCGCAAAACCCACAGCCGCAACCGAUCAGCUUCCGACGGUGCCUCUCUAAUACCUCCCGGUAACAAGCUCUCACCGUAUCACCCUGCUUGGAGUUUGACUAGCCUCCUGGACAAGUUUGGUCCGCUCAUCUUUCCCAUACAUCGCGCAGCCUUACUGCGGAAGCGUAUUCUAAUAUCAUGUCAUGCACCAGUCCAUGAAGUUUGUGAUUUUGUAUAUAACCUCUCUGUUCUUUCCAAUAUUCCCCUAUCUGUCACCGAUAUACUCCCUGGAUCAGCUUCAACACAGCGUUUAAGACCGCUUUUCUCUAUUGGUGUUCAUGAUAUACCUUUUCUCAUGGACGACUUUGAGGCGUCCAAGAGACCCCGCAAUGACGAAGAUGCGAUAGAUGACGAAUCAGGCUCUGGUUGGAUUGCGUGCACCACUGACAGCAUUCUCGCUAUGAAGGACACACUAUGGGAUAUGCUCGUCACUUUGCCUCCCGACUACUCCUCUAAUGCUACGGAGCGAGUCUGGCCCGUGGUCGAAUGCCCUCGCGGACAGCCUAUCAAGGCGACCCAGCGAGAUCUUCGUCGUUUUACCACUUUAAAGAACGGUCUUGCCCGUCUUGCAGCUGCUAGCCAGGUCCCUAGCGCGGUCCCAGAGUCUCCUGAAGAGGAGCGUGCUGCGCGUAGAUUUUCUACCCAGUCAAGUCAUAUCGUCCGUGACCCACGAGACGAUGCAGUGGAAAAAGUCGUCGAACCGCUGACAUGGGCAGCUUUUGCCUAUAAUGGUUACAUGUGGUGGGCCAGUGCCGGUGAACAAUUGCGUCAGGAACAGCAAGAGGAGGCAGCUCACGAUGCCUCUCUGCUCGCCGAUUUUGGACCCUCUAUGACUAUGCCACGACCAGGUUCUCGCUCUGGGCAAUUAUCAGACUCACUUGGGUCUCUCAAUACCAGCAAUCGUGCCCCUGAUGGUUCUGGCGAAGCCCGAUUCGAGCUUGCUAUCAUUGCCUACUUCCACCGUCUCACCACACAAAUACUAUCAGUGUUAGCUGAUCUGGCUGACAGCCAGGACGAGCCAUAUACUGACCGUGACGAUGAUGACGAAGGCCUGUCACAAGCUUCGGGCGAAAGAGCACCGCUUCGUCCAUCAGACUCUGAGCUCGAACCUGACGAUGCUGAUGCUAUCCGUGUAGAUAGUCACGCCGUGGAAAGCAUGGGCCUCGACGUCUGGAGCGAUACCGAUGCUUUGUUCAUUCGUGAAUUGUCCAUCCUGUACUUUGGUCGUCCCGCUCGUAUUGAGGGCAAGGAUGUUGAAGUCUGCGGUGUAAGAGUAUGCUAAGAAAUCAACCCCACUCACUGUUCGAAAGAUAUGUACAAGCAAGACGAAAGCUGGUCUUGCGUCUUUGGAACCCUAUAUAUAUACGCAUAGUCUAUAUCCCGAAAGGUCCUGAGAGAAUCUGAAAGAAGCGAUACAAGAGGUGUACAUAAUGUAUGGAAACAAGAACGUCGCCUCACGGGCAACUGUUUCAAAGGGGAUGAAGAAUGUUAAUACGGGCGCUUGUUAUAUUAUACGAUGGUUGCUCGAAUACAAAGGUUUUUGCUCACUGGAGGCUGAGAUGGAAACUGGAAAAGGUGUCUCGGUGCUUGAACGAAACAAGCCGGCUGUGGAAAUAAUUUGAAGUUGAAUGAGAAUAAGCACAACAAGAAAGAGUUAUAUACUGAGUGUAUGUGUGUGUGUACCUUAAAGAAACCCCUAAACUCCCAACUUGUUUCUCGAUCUC